AGUGUUAAUUAAUUAUGUAUAUCGAGAGAGAGAGAGAGAGAGAGAGAGAGAGAGAGAGCUCUAGUUUCAUAUAUAUAUAUAUAUAUAUAUGGAGAGGGGAUUAGUUUGGUGAAGCUCGAUGAAGAUUAAUCCUUUGUCACAAAAACCAUCACCAUGGAGGAGCUGAUGAUGAAGAAAGAAAAUAAGUUUCACAUAGCAUUGUUCCCGUGGCUAGCAUACGGCCAUCUACUGCCAUAUCUUGAGGUGUCCAAGUUGUUAGCUGAAAAGGGUUAUAGAGUAACCUUCAUUUCAACCCCUAAAAACAUACGUCGCCUCCCUAAACUCCACCAAGCUUUGUCUGAUUCUUGUCUGAUCAAUUUUGUAGAGCUUCCUUUGCCCGAAGUUGAUGGUUUACCAAAUGGCGUGGAGUCCACCGCCGACAUUUCCAUUCAAAAAGUCCCCUAUCUUAAAAAAGCUUAUGACAUGCUCCAGCCCUCUUUAAUUCACUUUCUUCAAGCUUCUGACGUUAACUGGAUCAUCCAUGAUUUCGUCUGUUACUGGGUACCCCAAGUUGCAACUCAACUCGGCAUCAACUCCAUUUUCUUUCACAUAACCAAUGCCACUUCUCUUGCCUUUGUUGGCCCACCGUCGGAGUUGACUGGGGGUCAGCGCCAGAAACCUGAGGAUUUCACUGUUGUCCCAAAGUGGAUAGACUUUCCUAGCAAUGAGGCUUUCAAGUUGCACGAGAUGGUGAGCCAUUGGGACUGCAUGGACCGGGACGUAGCAGAUUUUGAGAGAUUUGCACAUGCCAUUCAAGGUUGCCAGUUUGUGACCAUGAGGACUUGUCCCAAGUUUGAAGCCGACUCGUUGAGUCUACUCCAAAAGCUUUACGGGAAACCAGCUGUCCCCAUUGGAUUCCUGCCACCUCAUCAUUCCAAUUCCGUGCAAGGAGAUGAUGAUGAGAUCAAAUGGAAAACAUUGAAAGAGUGGCUGGACAACAACAAACACAGGUCUGUGUUUUACAUUGCAUUUGGAACCGAGGUGAGUUUGAGUCGGGAUAUGAUGCACGAGUUGGCAUAUGGGAUUGAGAAAUCCAGACUGCCUUUUAUCUGGGUGCUCAACAAUCGUCCACUGGUUGAAGGUUUAUUAGGAUCGGACCAUAUAAUUCCACCCGAAUUUGAAGCCCAGGUCUCAGAACGUGGUCUUAUAUGGAGGGGCUGGGCACCCCAACUCAGGAUCUUGGCCCACUCGUCAAUUGGUGGUUUUUUGACGCAUUGCGGUUGGGGCUCAGUUAUUGAAGCACUGGGAUUUGGCCUGCCAUUGAUUUUGUUUUCCGGCGCCAGUGCAGAUCAAGGAUUGAUUGCUCGGCUUAUGCAAGAGAGAGGUGUUGGGUUGGAAAUACCAAGGGAUGACAAAACCGGGUCAUUCACGAGUGACUCGGUGGCCAAGUUGAUUCGCCGAGUGAUGGUAGAUCAAGAAGGUGAGUCAGUGAGGGCAAAUGCAUGGGCGAUAAGAGACAUCUUUGGGAACGUGGAAUUGAAUAACAGAUGCCUAGACGAGUUCAUUAAGUGCCUUGAGACUUUUGCUGCUUGAACUCAUUUUAUUAAUUACGAAUUGCUUAAAUUUUAGCCCUGAAACUUUCUUAAGUUUGAACGUACUGUAUUUUAUCAAGUUGAGUUGUUUUCUUAUUACCCAGAAAAAAAUAAAGGUUGAGCUGCUUUUCCAUUUUUUUUUCCCCUUAUA